AUGGCGGCGGCGAAGGACGCGGCGGUGGCGCUGAGCAGCGGGCACCGGAUGCCGGCGGUGGGGCUGGGUGUGUGGCGGAUGGACAAGCCGGACGUCCGCGGCCUCAUCCACGCCGCGCUCCGCCUCGGCUACCGCCACCUGGACUGCGCCGAUGAGCAAGAUUUAUUUGCCAAUCUUGGUCUGCUGUGCUGUACCGAUCCAAUUGUUGGAUGUUUCUUUCGAUGCCUCGUAUCUGGUACUAUCAAUGCCAAUGGCGCAGGCAUGCUUGGAAUGCGCUCUGCUGUGGAUUAUGUCUGGGGUGCUCUUUUCCUGGCAAAUACUUGUCUGGGGCUGCCAAUGAUCCAGCUGACUACCAAAAUGAAGCUGAAGUCAGGUGAUGCACUGGCAGAGGCGUUUCAGACCGGACUUGUCAAGAGGGAGGAUCUGUUCGUCACAACCAAGCUGUGGAACUCAGAUCAUGGCCAUGUGCUUGAAGCCUGCAAGGAUAGUUUGAAGAAGCUGCAGCUAGAUUACCUCGAUCUCUAUCUUAUUCACUUCCCAGUAGCUACUAGGCAUACAGGAGUUGGCACAACUUCUAGCGCCCUCAGUGAUGAUGGCGUGCUAGACAUUGAUACCACUAUCUCACUGGAAACAACAUGGCAUGCAAUGGAAGAACUUGUUUCCAUGGGACUGGUGCGCAGCAUUGGAAUCAGGAACAUUUAG